UAUUCAACGUCAUUACCUACAUUAUCGAAGUUCGAAAAUGAAACAGAAUCUGCCGAUACUCAAAUGAAUAAUCAAACCGAGUUUCCAUCAUCGUAUCCCGAUUAUGCCAAUAAUGUCAUCCAAUAUACAGACCUAGAACCCGAUAGUGCUCUCUAA